AUGGACUUCUCGGACGCAAAAGUCCCGUCAUUCCAUAGCCUUCUCCAGUCCGGGGACCCGUGGGUCCCUUUUUCCGAGUUCUCGAUUGAAACCUCCCGCGACUUGCUGAGCGGAGAUGGCAAUAGCUGGGUGCAGGGCAGGCUGAAAGAAGGUCGACCCUUCGUUCUUCGCGGAUUUAACCGCUUGGAGAGCUGGGAUGCAUCCGUCUUCAAUAAGGAUAGCUUGGCUGCGUUGUCGUCCUCGGAAGCGAUUCCUAUUAGGAACUGUCAAUCAGGUCGAGAUGUAAGAAUGCGACUGCGAGAUUUGUUAUCGACGGCAGGGUAUGAUCGUACCAAUAUCGUCAAAGAACUACUAUAUGCGAAAGACCUUCAAUGCCCUUCUGAGUGGAUCAGGGCGUUGGAAACCGUCUUACCGUCGUCACUGAGGCAUCUAGGUUCGCUCGACUUGUUCCGAGUGCUGCCGAAAGAGAUUGCCCCGGAAGUUUUGAUGGCUUAUGUUGGAACUCGAAAAUCCUUCUCUGGAUUUCACAGAUGCUUCAGCGCAACUGUUGCCCUUAAUCUUUUAAUUGGAUCGGAAGGUCAUGGGCCGGGAACAUUAUGCUUUGGUACAGACACGAGCUCACGGGCUCAAUACGACGCAUUCAUGGAAGAACUCGGAAAAUCAUCUCACACCGACUGGGCUAACGUUUCCAUCGAAAAGCUCAGACUAGCCAAGUUCCCCAUAUAUAUAACGUAUCAGGAACCUGGGGAUCUGGUGGUAUUUCCGUCGGCAACUUCCCAUCAAAUAUGGAACACUAGCUCUUUGGUUACGAAGGUAGUAUGGAACAUCAUGCACACUUCUUCGCUCGAGUCUUUCUUCGACUACGUGCAACCGGUUUAUCAAAUGCAAUGUCAUGCAGACACGGGUCGAGUUCCUUUGAUACCGUUCCAUGCUCUGAACAGCAGUCUUGGAGUGCCAGAGACUCGGCUUCUUUUGGAAAUCUUCCAGCGACUGUUCGAUGAUGAAGACAUUGGAGACGACCAAAAUGUUUCGAUUAAGCUUGUGGAUACGCAAGGAGCGGUUGUGGAGUGUAACUUUUGUGGAUUGACGAUCUGGAACCGGCACUUGCAUUGUGAGCAGUGCGGUGAUUUUGACCUUUGCCUAACAUGCUUCGUUUCCGGCCGCAGCUGCAAGCAUACCGCUGGCUAUGCUUGGGCGGAAUUAUUGCCCAGUCAGCGUUGCCAAGAUAUGAUAAGAGCAUGCAGAGAUGUAUUCCACGAUCAGCCGCUCUCGAGGAUGAGAGAAUCCAGGAAAAGGUCGUUGGGUACGCUCGCAAUAGCGGCGGCGGAUGCACGGAGACAACAAAUGGAGCGACUGUGCCACUUGUGUCGGGAUAGUCACCCUGUGUGGAAGGGUAUCACGUGUCCUAUAUGUGACGCCUUUUUCUGCUUCCGUGGUCUUUACAGGCAUUUCGAUGUUGAUCUUCUCACGUUUCUCCGGAAGGACGAGGCAUGGAGUUGUCCUAAAUGCGUGCGAAUAUGCAAUUGCCGAUGUUGCCAUUCAGCCCACCCAUACCAAAGCAGAGAUAAGCCAGUCCGGGCGCGCAUCAAACCCGUUGACCCCCGAGGGCGCGUAUAUGGUUUUGUGGAUAACGUUUUUGACCAAAAGAGAGGUAAGAAGGCAAACUUGCCCUUACACGGCGUCUCUCCACAGGGCGACACCACCCCUCGAGGGCAAAAACGAUCCAGAGUGUCAAGCGAAGACGACCAGGUCAAACUGUGGCCCCAAAAUGGUCAUGCGCGCCUCCCAAGUGCAAGACCUGAGGUUGUCGACAUUACUCCAUCUAAUGGGACACCUUUCAAUCCCCCAAGCACCGGAUCCCUUGGGCCGAAAGGACAGCUGCGCAUUAGCGACCUUGUCGAGGAUCAGAAUUCGCCCGUCGAUGCCACGCCGACCCCUCGUAGCGGUAUAAUGCAUCAGCCGAUGUCAUCGGUAUCCUCGGUGCCGCAGAAUGGUACAAUCCGCGACCCCAGCGGAUCCCGGAAUGAUCGCCGUCACGCGGAAUUCCCGUCGUCAGGGAGUGGAGAAAGCAUUGCGGCGCUCGAAAGGAAACUAGACAAUCUCCGGCAGUCUGCCGAUGUCCUCAUCGAUUUGGCUUUGACGGAUUCUCACGCGGAGGUCAUGGAGACCAUUCGUCAAUUAGAAAGUGAAAUCAAACAGCGAAAGCGCGCAAAGGCGGAAGUGUUGUUCAAUAAUCUCAGUCGAGAUUUCCCUCAUUUGGCCGAUCUGGCUCGCGAGGAAGCGCGACGACGGGGGAUCCAGUCUGAAUAA